AUGGGUUGGCCGGUGUGCAAUUCGACGACGGAGGAACAAUCCAUCAACGAGGUUCCAUUAUGGGAUGGCGGAAUUACUUUUCAUCAGAUGGCUCUGAUAGUCGGGGGUGCUUUUGCCAUUGUUGCUGGUAUUGUGUCGUUUUACAUUAUCAUGGGUCAUGCGACACAUUACAGCAAGCCGUUGGAACAGCGACACAUAAUUCGAAUCCUGUUGAUGGUCCCAAUCUACUCCCUCGUCGCGUGGCUCAGUAUCUACUUCCAUAAACAGGCAGUCUAUUACAGUGUCAUCGGCGAUUGCUACGAAGCGUUUACGAUCUCCGCAUUCUUCGCCCUUAUGUGUCAUUACCUCGCGCCAGAUCUGCAUAGCCAAAAGAAUUACUUCCGUGGAAUCAAACCGAAACAAUGGGUCUGGCCGUUGAACUGGAUGCAAAAGUGCUGCGGAGGGGAACAUGGGAUCUGGAGAGUUCCACGGAGUGGGUUGACCUGGUUUAAUGUCAUCUGGGUUGGCAUCUUCCAAUAUUGUGUUCUCCGGGUGCUUAUGACUAUCGUCGCGGUUGUGACGCAGCACUUUAACUUGUACUGCGAAUCCUCCUUGAGUCCGGCAUUCUCACAUAUUUGGGUUCUCGUCAUUGAAUCCGCUGCGGUCACCAUCGCCAUGUACUGCCUGAUUCAAUUCUAUGUCCAGAUCAAGGAUGACAUCAAGCAACAUCGGCCAUUUCUCAAGAUUCUCUCCAUCAAGCUGGUUAUCUUCCUUUGCUUCUGGCAAUCGACUCUGAUCUCUUUCCUCUACUCUGCUGGGGUCAUCAAGGAUUCCGAGAAAAUUGAAGCGACCGACUGGAAGGUCGGCCUUCCCAAUCUACUCAUCACCAUUGAAAUGGCUAUAUUCUCCGUCUUGCACCUGUGGGCCUUCGCAUGGAAGGAGUAUUCUCUUGACCACGCUCAAGUUCAUGAUGAUGAAGUGACCGACUUCUACGGAAAUGGAAAGGUCAGCUACCAAGGCGGACCCUGGGGCAUGAAGGCGCUGCUCGAUGCUCUGAACCCGCUUGACCUGCUCAAGGCCAUUGGCCGCAGCUUCCGCUGGCUAUUCGUGGGCCGCAAGAAGCGAACUCUCGACCCCAGCUACCAAGUUCCAUCUGAGCAGAUCGGUCUCGACCAAGCAGACAAUGUCCCUACCACCAUCGUAACCGCCUACGAAGGCGCCGGUCCCUUCAUGGCCGGUGGAAGAGGAAACUCUCCCCCAGGGGAAGAAGGAGAAGACCUGCUAUCUCACGCACAACCCAACCCGACUCUCAACCGACUUUCGUCCGGACUAUCACCCUCUCCCUACGAAGACCCACACAGCAGUCGAUUCUACUCUACCAGCCAAGACAGACUUAGCGAUUCUUCCAUGCUGGAUCCCAUGGCACCCGCACACCAACCCUACUCACCCUACGAGCACGAUUCCUUCAACAACCCCUACAUGGUGCCCUCUGACAGCGAACUCGACGCACACCGUCACUACCGUCAUCCUUCCUCGAACAGCAGUGGACAAGAGUCAGGUGUCACGACCCGUCUCUACCAUCCAAAUGACAACCUGCACCAGCAUGACCCCAUUCCCAUGCCUGAUGCUUACCAACCGCCGCCGCUCCAUGACGACUACGAACGCGGGCGUAGCAGGUAUUAA